AUGUAUGCUCCCAGGAAUACUGUGAAGGUGGUUGCCUUGCUGGCUGGAGCUCCACUGGCUGGGAGCUGCCACAAAAUCUUUUUCCUUUACGUAAGGGACAGGGUGCGCAGUGCCCACUUCGUGGUGCUGCUGCAGCUGUCAGGAUUUAUUACUGCUGCUGGUGUGGGGAUGUUGGCAACACGUGGCAUGCUUCAGAGCACUCUUCUGCCUGGGACUGCCUGGGAGGGAAGCGGUCAGGCAGAUAAGGACUUUUCUGUUUGAAUACCAUCUUUGGAAAGCUGCAGAAGAUUCAGGUGAACUUAUGCUUCUCUGCCCCAGGUUUUGUGGCAUAGUAUGGAUUUGGCAUCAUCAAAACACAAUCACCUACAGAAUGAUCCAAUAGGACAAUCAGGAAGACAAGAAGGAGAAAAAGAAGAUGAACAGAUGGUUGCAGAAAUGAUGAAAAGGCGCUUUUUCCCUGCUCUUAUCACUCAUAAGGCCUGGGAAGGCUUUUACUUUGCUGGCCAUGAGAUAAGAAUUACAGAAGCCACUGAUUGUUACGGAGCAGUCGUCUGGCCAUCGGCCCUUGCUCUGUGUUAUUUUUUGGAAACUAAUUCUAAACAAUACAAUUUGGUUGACAAAAAUGUGAUUGAAAUUGGAGCUGGAACUGGGUUGGUCUCCAUAGUAGCCAGUUUACUGGGAGCACUGGUUACCGCCACGGAUUUGCCAGAACUUCUGGGAAACCUUCAACACAAUGUUCUCCACAAUACAAAGCUUAAAUCCAAGCACCAGCCUUGUGUUAAAGAGCUGUCUUGGGGAGUUGACUUAGAAAAGAACUUUCCUAGGUCCUCCUGUCACUUUGACUACAUUAUGGCCGCUGAUGUAGUUUACCACCAUCCUUUCCUUGACGAACUCCUCCUAACCUUCGAUCACUUGUGCAAGAAGGACACUGUUAUUCUUUGGGCUAUGAAAUUUAGAUUGGAGAAAGAAAACCAAUUUGUGGGCAGAUUUCAGGCACUGUUUGACUUGGAGGUGAUCUCUAAUUUCCCCAGUUUGAACAUAACCUUGUUUAAGGCAAUGAGGAAGGGCAGGAUGAAAGGCAAACCUUCCAAACCAGCAGUCUGAAAACAAGGUACAAAGACAUGAUAGCUUCAGUUCUUCUGCAGCUUGUUUUCUUUUGAAUAAUGUUUGUAUUAGUAAAUGCUAACAUCUGCAUGAGUAACAUUUUUUGAGAAAUCAAAAAAAAAACUGGCUGGACAUAUGAGGAGGAAGUUGCUCAGCAUGAGAGUGGUGAGAGCCUGGAAUGGGUUGCCCAGGGAGGUGGUUGAGGUCCCAUCCCUGAAGGUGUUUAAGGCCAGGCUGGGUGAGGCUCUGGGCAGCCUGA